AAUAAACAUCAUGAGCCAUGAGUUCGCAAUGGAAGAAAUAUUUACUAUGGUUCGCUCACGAACACGUAGAAUUUCGCAUACCAGAAAUGGAUUCGAUAUUCAGCAUGUUCGACAUAACCUUAGGGCGUGUUAUCAAAGCAACAGAACAUCCAUUCUGGAUAGUUGAAUUACCGUCCGAAGAUGUAGCUCGCACAAUAGCUAGUAGGUCAGUUUUACUUCGCCACUGCAUUGAACUAUGGGCACAUUCAAAGAUUGUGGAUGGUCUUCAUGCAAAUUUAAAAUCUUAUCCUCAAGAUUUAAUGGAACCUUACCUAAAUACUGCAUUUAAAGUUGUUGUGGAAACAUUUUGCAAGCAUUUUACUCAAAGAGAAAAAGUAGAAAAGAUUGAGACUUUUAAUUAUUUGCCUUUGAAAGGCUCAGUAAAUUUAAAGAAUCCAGAUACAACUUUAUUUUAUAUAGAAUAUUAUGGCCAAGAACCAAAUAGUAAUCCAGAAAAUCCUGAAGAUUUGUUUUUUGGUAGAUGGAUUGCUGAUGGUCAGAGAGAUAAGAUUCAAAAGCUUUCCUUAAAAUCUAGAAAAUUUAUAGGCAAUACUUCUAUGGACCCACAAUUAUCUAUAUUAAUGGCAAAUCAAGCACAAGCUAAAGCUGGAGAUAUUAUUUUAGAUCCAUUUGUUGGUACUGGUUCAUUAUUGAUUCCAGCUUCAAUGUUUGGUGCUUAUACUUUAGGUACUGAUAUAGAUUAUUUAAUGCUUCAUGCUCGUACAAGGCCUAGUCGAAUCUCACAAAAAAAAAGAGAAGAAGAUGAAAGCAUAGCUGCUAAUAUGAAACAAUAUGGAGUAGGAUCUCGCUUUGUAGACGUUAUUGUAUCAGAUUUUUCACGAGAAAUGUGGAGACCAGAUAUAAAAUUAGAUGCUAUUAUUACUGAUCCUCCUUACGGUAUUCGUGAAGCCGUAGAACGGAUAGGCACGGCCAAAACAAAUCCAUCUAUAGAGGAACAUCAAAUUGAAACGCACAUUCCGUCCAAAGUUGUGUAUGAGUUAUGGCAAUUAUUUAUAGACUUGUUGAAUUUUUCUGUAAAACAUUUAAAGUUGACUGGGAGGCUGGUCUUUUGGUUUCCAGUAUUCAGAAAACAAUACUCCGAAGAUCAAUUGCCUAUCCAUCCUUGUCUAAAGCUUGUAGCUGAUUCUGAACAAAUUUUAAGUACUUACACAAGCAGACGACUACUGACGUACGAAAAAGUCAAAGAAGCAAAGCCUGAUGAUCCUUCGUGUAAAAUAGGUGAAGCAAAUUUCCGGGACCAGUAUUUCAAUUACCGCGAAGAGCUGCGUAGCGUGAGACGAGCGCGAAAAUCUGCCGAACGUUUGAAACUCAAGGAAGAAUGGGAAAAGAGGAAAGUGACGAACGACGUGAUUAGAAAAGAAAACGAAGCAAGUUAUUCCUUAAAUGUAUAA